AUGUCCAAACCGCAAGGCCAUCCCGCCAUCCUCCCCAUCGCCGAGCCCUCCCUCGAGACUCGAAUCCUGCCGCACCACAACCCUCCCCCGAAACAGAGCAGAUCGCUCGCCAAGCUACAAACCGCCAUCUCCAACAAAUUCACGCGGCGCUUCCACAAACUCAUGGACCUGCCAGUCGAGAUCCGGCUCCUGAUCUGGGAAGCGGCCCUGCCUGAUGGGCGUGUCCAUGAACUGCACCCCUGCGUCAAAUUGCUGGAGAAUGGCAAGAUGAUGUUCCGAUCCAACCACUCCACCCCACCGGUCCUCUUGUCCGUCUGCCAGGAAUCGCGACGGGUUACAUUGCAGCACUAUCAGCUCAUGAGCUAUGUCGCGCGGUCCUCCCUCUCGAAGGGUGUGCGGCAAUUCUAUUUCUCUCCGGAGCGCGACACGUUGUUCUUGAAUACACUGAUGGGCUUGUACAUGGCAUUCAUGCUCCUAGACGACGACCAGACGAAUCGCGCCGGUGUUAUGACGGGAUGGCAUAAUAUAGCACUCGAUGCCGAUCGCGCACAUCUGAUCACACUGCUUGCUGGCAGGGCAGGCCAUGCCCCCAAGCCUCGAUUUCGAGAAAUAUUCCCCGACCUCAAGGUCUUGACGCUGGCAGUGGAUACCACGAAAAAGGGAAAGACGAGGUUUAGGACAAGUGUCUGGCCGGGCGAAAAUGGCACAAGUCUAAAGGUCGUCGAGAGCACUAGCGAUGAGUUGGCUAGGGUUUUGGAACCAAUGGCCCAGUUCCUAGUCAUGGAGUACCCGGGACUCGAUCUGGAUACCUGUGUGCAGCUGGCACGGGUGAGGAGAAAGAGGUUUAUUAGAGGGGAUGUUAGGUAUGGGUUUAGGAAGACGUGCGCGUUUAUGGGCGUAAGGCCGCCUGGAGUUUUCAUGCGUUUAUAA